AUGGCUAAGAAGAUUGAGGAUAAGCAAAGGGAUGCUUAUCACGUGAGUCAAGCAUCCGGCAAGAGAGCAACGCCCUUCUUUGAUAGAGGAUUCAGUAAGUUCACCAAAUCUUUUGGACCUAGUGCAGCUCCAGCUUUGCCACAAAGGAGCGAGUCUGAGUCUUCAGUGUCCAGGCCCGUGUAUGCUAACCCCAGUACCAAGGCAAUAGAUGCAACAGCUCCAGCAAGCACUGUAGUGUUUAAGUGCUACACCUGUGGUCAGAUGGGGCAUACCUCCAGAACCUGCUACAAUAGGAGGCCUGUUCUUCCCCCUCGCCAGCCAGCCAAUAAGCCUCAGGGCCGAGUAUAUUCUGUGACUGCAAGUGAGGUUGAGGCUAACCAAGCAGUGGUUACUGGUGCCAUUCUCAUUUGUUCUACACCUGCAUAUACCUUGUUUGAUACGGGAGCAACUCAUUCAUUUGUGUCACCGUCAUUUGCUAAGAGAACUGGUGUGUCACCAAAGUGUUUGACAGAGGGCCUAGCAGUUAGCACACCUAUUGGAUUAAGGAUAGAUUUGAACACAUUGUAUGAGCCCUGUGCUGUAAGGAUUGUUGGCAAAGAUAUGAAUGCCCAUCUGAUUCAGCUCAAUAUGACUGACUUUGAUGUCAUAUUGGGGAUGGAUUGGUUAGCAGCGUACAAGGCCAAUGUGCUAUGUGCUGACAGGAAGAUAGUAUUCCAGCCUAUAAGUGAGAAGGGAUUCAUCUUUGUGGGUGACAAGAAGAAGAAACCCAGAAAGAUGGUGAUUUCAGCCUUAAAGAUGAAGAAGAUGUUAGAUAAGGGAUGCCAGGGAUACCUUGUGUCUGUUAUGGACACUAGGACACAUGUUAGACCUAUGUCAAAGAUCCCUACUGUAGGGGAGUUUCCUGAUGUCUUCCCUGAUGACUUGACAAGUCCACCUCCACCAAGGGAGAAUGAGUUUGUGAUCGAUUUAAUACCUGGAGCGGCGUCGGUAUCUAAAGCACCUUAUAGAAUGGCACCGAGUGAGUUGAAGGAAUUACAGGCUCAACUUCAAGACUUGUUGAAGAAAGGGUUUAAAAGACCUAGUAUCUCACCUUGGGGUGCUCCAGUGUUGUUUGUGAAGAAGAAAUACGGCUCCAUGCGUAUGUGCAUUGAUUUACCGAGAGCUGAAUAA